UUCUAUGUCUUCCGCUAUCACUUCUUCGCGUAUUUUUGUCAUUCUUCGGUUAAAAUUAUCCUUUUACUCAUGCUUGGGAGUUUCCCAAAAACAGGAUGCAGGAUAUAGAGGAAGGAUGAUCAACUUCCCGUUCAUUUUUUGAAAGUAACUUGACAAUAAUGGUGGUUACCGGUGAUUUAUACGAAAACGAUGUUAUAUUUGUUGUGGAGGGGACUGCGAAUUUACUUCUUGACUUUGAAAACCUGAAGAAAUCCUACAUUGAACCCGCAAUACAUUAUUUCAAUGGAGAAGUUCCAAUGGACUUUGAAUACAGCUUUGGAGAUGAGUAUGGCCCAAACCAAUAUGGUUUGGUGGUGUAUGGGACAAUAGGCCAUACCCCUGAGCCAGCAGUGCACUAUGUCAAGGAAACUCGCAGUGCCAAACAGAUACUGCAAUACCUAGAUGAUGUGAGAUUUGAAGGUGGAGGUGGUGAAGAAUGCAGUUUGCUGGCUGAGGCUUUGAGCAUUGCUUUACAGAUCUUUGACGAAAGGACACUCCAGAGAGGUCAACAUAAAGGGAUUGUACGAAAAAGCUGCAUUGUGGUGAGUAACUCACCUCCCUUUGGACUGCCAAGUCGUGAAUGUGCUGAUGAUUACUUGGAUAAAACUGUGGAACAACUUGCUGAAGAGAUGGGACAAAAGAAAGGAGUUCAUCUUUCAGUUAUUGCCCCCAGAAAGAUACCUGCACUUCAAAGAGUAUUUGAAAGAUCUCUGACAGUUGAUAGUAAGAGUGUGCUUUCAAAAGAUUACUCCAAAGACCCUAACCAUCUAGUAUGCAUUCAGGGCCUUGAUUUGCCAGUCACCUGUAACAAUGAUUCACAAGCUGAAACAGUAAAGAAUAGUGCAUUUAUGGUUGAAACCAAUCUGAAGCCUGUGCCAACACCAUCACAGAUGAUUAACAAUGGGAAAGAAAGUCCAGAGAAAUCCAUAAAAACCAAAAAAAUUUUACAGCGACAACUUUCUGAAGUUAAAAUUCAGCAGCCAACAACAGAUAGCAAUUUAUCAAUGCCAUCAGUAAAUAUGUUGGAUUCUGCAGCGUCUUCCCUUUCAAGCUCAUCAGCAGCACAACAAGCCAAAAAAAUCUUGGAAAUAGCCAAACGACAACAAAGUCAACCCAACCCAACUCCUAACAGUGGACAGCCAGCUAAUAAAAUGGCAGAUGGGAUGAAAGUCCCACCAGGAAAUUGGGCACCGAAUCCCACCCCAUCCCCCAGACCAACCCCUACUCCUGUACCUGCAACCCAAGAAAACCAAGUUGCUCAGAGAGCUCUAGUCUGGACAGGGAAUUUGGAAUGGCAGGAUACAAUUCGUGACCCAGCUGGCCCUCAGCAGAAAAUAACUAGAUCUUUGGCAUGUCAUGCAUCUGUUGUUCCAGGAGACACCAUCAAAGCUAACAACUGGCCACCAAAGCUGAUCAUGCAGCUCAUUCCUCAAAACCUACUGUCAACCUUAGGACCACUCCUGCAGAAUUCCAAGACAGUGGCUUUCCAUUUUGCACCAAAUGAUCAAGAAUCCUUGAAAGCACUUUACAGGGUCAUGGCUUCCCAUGGCAUCAAGUUUGCUGGCUGUGUGCACUUUCCCCCUGUUCCACAAUGUGAUGUCAAAGUCCUUCUGUUAAUUUUUAGUCCAAAAAAGCGUGCCUUUGUUGGUUUAAUUCCUGUUGAGCAGGCAAACUUUGUUGAUGGAAUACGAACUGUGGUUCAAAAGUACAAAACAGAUCAAGUCCAAAGGAUUACAAUACAGCGGCAGCGAUUUUUGCUUCAACAACAGCAACAGUUGAGGCAGCAACAACAGCAACAACAACAACAACAACAACAACAACAGCAACAGCAACCUCAACCACAACAGCAGACUCCACAGCAGGCAGGUUUUGCUGCUCCUGGGAUACCUCAGGGGCAGUUUCCACAACAACAGUCUCAAGUUUCCCAGCAACCUUUGCUGAAUCCUGUUGGGAACACAUUGAUAACAAGUACAACUGCGGGUUUAGGUCAAAACCCAGAAGGAUUGGCGACUAGUACUCAGACUUCUGUGGCGCCCAAUAUAGGGCUGUCAUUUAGUGGUGUGGGCACAGGGACCCACAACAUGCCUGUACCGAUGGAUCAACAAGACAAUCCUGCUCUACUGCAGACUCUCAAACUGUUACAACAACAGCAACAGCAACUACAACAGUCGCAGCAACAACAGCAGCAGCAACUGCAACAACAGACGCAGCAACUUACGCCUCAACAACAACAACAACUGUUACUGCGAAGGCAGCAACUUCAACAGUUGCAGCAGCAACAACAACAACAACAACAACAACAACAGCAACAACAACAACAGCAACAACAGCAGCAGACCUUUCCAACACAGGAUAACCAGGUGCAACAGAUGCAAACAAGUCAAGGAAUACCGUCACAGCUUCGGCACCUCUUACAGUCACAGGCAAACCAAGCUUCAGCCCAGCAACAAGGGCUGGCGAGUUCGCAGCCUGGAAUAACCCAGCAGCAAUGGCAGCUACUACAGCUUCAGCAGCAACGAUCACAACCAGCUGUACAGAUGCCACUUGGUCAGGUGCAGAUGACUCAGGCGCAAAUGGUUCAGACCCCCAUGUCUCAAGGUCAGGUGUCACAGGCUCAGUUGCAAGUUCACCAACAGCAGCAGUUGGCGCAGUCGCAGUCUAAUUAUCUUCCUGAUAACAUAAGCUUUAUCGACAUGAUGCGGCAAUGAGUUUAGAGUUGGGAAAAAUUAAGCUGUUGGAAUGUUGAUGAAUCUAACGUAUGGGUUUUAAUUGCAUAGAACUCGUUAUCCAUAAUUCAAUAGGUAACUUCGUGUUGUUUAUUUAUGUUGGCAUUAUUCUGUGUGCCAUUAUUUGUAAAGGACUUCAGUAACAUAACGUGUAAAAUGGAAAAACUGUGGUACUAGUAGCAGAUUACGAAUUUCCACGAUUAACUCUAAAGGCUGUUAGAUGCCACAAGUCGGAGGCUAACCUAUAUCAUCUGCUAAGCACAUAACCGCUAGUCAUAUGCUAACCACACGUCAUUUGCAUCAAUCGCAUGACUAAUGUUCAAAAAUUUGUCACAUUGGAUGAACAAAUUAUCGAGUAAUGAUAAAUUAUUAACUAAGGUUGCGAUAGGUCGGGUUACCUAUUUGUUAAUGUUGAAGGAGUACGUGUAUAUGAUGAAGUGUUCAGCCUAAAGGUCACCAAUCAUCACUAAUACACUGACUGGUCAUUACGAAGUGGUUACCUUACUUAGUAGACUUGAUCCUUUGUUAAUGUAGGAUGUAAUGUAUUUCCGGACCAAUUAAAGGAAAAGCUAGAGUUAGCCACCACGGCAGAGGCCGUAAUCAAAUAGUUAAAGCUGAGGUAUGCUGCGGAAACCAUGUAUUUCUCUAUCUAUGCCAUUGGUAAGUGAGCAUAAAAAAAGUUUCUUAUCACGUUUUGAAAUUCUAAGAAUGAUAUAACCUUACCCUAAAAGAACUGAAAGAGUUAUUGGUGAUUGGAACGGUCCUUUGGGCAUUGAUUAUUGAAAAAAUAGUGUAUGAUCUACCAAACCUCUUACAGUAAUGAGUUCUUUUUAAGACGCAACUGAGCGUCGAAUUUCGUUUAACAGAAAGACUUAAUGUGAUCGUAUCUGUCUAGUUAGAGGUAGAAAGUAGGAACAAACCGGUAAAACUCCUGUCACAGGCAGGUGUGAGGACUCAUCCGUGAUCUAUAAUAGAAGGCAUUUACACCAUUACAAAUUGAAAGGUAUUUCCCUAUUGAUAGUAACUCUGUAAAAUUGCUGCUAGUGACCAGCUCUCGGUUGACUUCUUUGAAAAUUUAAUUUGCUUGGUCUGGAAAAAUCGCGCAAACAUUUUCAAAACUUUGCACCAGGUUGGGCACGAAGCAUUAUCUUGAGUUCACUCUCACAGUGUAAACAUGUCCCAUUCCACUCUGUUACAUGCCAAAUGGGCGUGAGUGUAGUGGAUAUCACGUUACAACCAAUAUUAUUAAAUUAUUAUUAAAGUGCCAUUCUGACUCGUGGCCCCUCGGGAGAAGAACUCAUAUAUAAACUAAGAUGUUUUUGUUUAUAUUUUGCUCUCGCCUGAAACAGGCACUCGGUUGAUACAUGUGAUCUUGUCACUUGAUUUUAAAUAAAAAUGUGUUCGCCCCAG